AACGAGCUAGCCAAUCACAGAACAGUAAGGCGGGACUUGACGUAAAACUGGUGGGGUGAACAAUAACGCCGCUGUUCGUUAUGCGAACAGGUAGUCGCUUGUACUGACCUGGAUAUCGAUGUAUUUUAAUAUCAUGGAUUUUAGGACGACAAUGCAUCGUGUUUGUGCUCAUAUUCAACGGAUAGGCCUUCGUCUUGAAGGCGGUUGUACGUCAACUGUGAUGUUCCUCUCGGUCUGCUGAAUUGUAAAGCGACGAAGGGAUUGCUUAGCAGCUUAAUGGACAGUAUCGACAAGUUAGCAAUCAAAACCUGGACUAAAUAACGUUAGCCUCUUUAUGCCAUUUCGGGACUUUAUUGUCUCCGAUAGUCCCGCAUGUUUCUCUAUUUGUUGACUGGAACUGGAUGUCACUCUUGAGUGUGUCGUAACAUAACCAUUACUGAGAGACAACAGUAUUUACUUCUCUGAAGCGAGGAAGUGGAUCUGCGUCAGGCUGGCUGGACUUGAUAAAGAGAAGACCGGAGGUUGGGUAAUUUUGCCUUCAUAAUAGAGGCGCCAAAUAUAUUAGUUUGACUGCUUCAUAAUGAAGUUUGGGAUUUGAGAUAGUAACGCUUGGACAAAACGACAGCCGACUUUUUAUUAGCAACAUAAUUCCCCGUCUUAAUUAUUACCGUGGUACACUGCAGUAUCUAUAAGUCUCCAUUCGUUUUAUUUUGGAAGCUUCGAACGGAAAUCGUGCUUGGGUCUGCUGUGUUAGACACUGGUUGGAAGAGGGAUGUGGCCAGGAUGUAUUUAUGCUGCUGUUCAAGAUAUGAAAAUCAUUGAAUUAGCGCUGCUUCGGGAGCCCUGCUUCACCACCGGACACAGCGGCUGUUACGACAGUGUUACGGUCUGUGGUUAUUGUCGGUGGUCGAACACGAUCGAACCUGCUGAACUGGACUAUUUGCAUGAAGGCUUCUCAACCUCACGCCCAAACAUUGUGUGUGCGGGGCUGUAUUAUGUGCUUACGUAAUAAAAGUAUGUGAAUCGAUACAGUCACAUCGUUGACUUUUUUUAAUUUUUUCUUGGACAAAGACGUGUUUUUCCCCAUUUUGAUUUUCACAAAUGUCAACAACUCAACGUCAAGUGAUGAUGGAGUCCUCUCUAGCUCUCGGCAUACUGGAACUGACCCCCAGUUCAGCCGCUGUUGGGGUCAGUCUGACCCCGCGGCUCACUGGCGGGCCCCCCGCGAAAGAGAAGUGCGGUCAGCGGCCACUGGGGCCACAAGGCCAGGCUCACCUGAACGGCUGCGUCCCGCUGUCGCAUCAAGUGGCGGGGCACAAGUAUGGAGUGGAUAAAGUGGGUAUUUUACAGCAUCCAGAUGGAACAGUCCUGAAACAGCUUCAGCCUCCACCCAGAGGUCCACGAGAGAUGCAGUUUUACAGCAUGGUGUAUACGGAGGACUGCUGUGAUCCAUGCCUUCUGGAGCUCCAGAAGCAUCUGCCCAAGUACUACGGCACCUGGUCAUCUCCUGACAGCCACAAUGACCUGUACUUGAAGCUGGAGGAUGUGACUCGACGCUUUGUCAAGCCAUGCAUUAUGGAUGUGAAGCUUGGCCAGCGGAGCUAUGAUCCGUUUGCCUCGCAGGAGAAACGGGAACAGCAGAUCAGAAAGUACCCACUGAUGGAGGAGAUAGGCUUCCUGGUCCUUGGCAUGAGGGUGUAUAAGGUGUGCAGUGACACGUUUGACUCCUACGACCAGCACUAUGGGAGGGGACUGGUUAAGGACACCAUUAAAGAUGGCCUGGCUAAAUUCUUCCAUAAUGGUGUUAGUCUGAGGAAGGAUGCAGUGUCAGCCAGCAUCCACAGAGUUCAGCGGAUCCUCCGCUGGUUUGAGUCCCAGCACCAGCUGGCCUUCUACGCCAGUUCCCUUCUCUUCGUCUACGAGGGCCUCCCCUCUUCUUCCUCCUCAUCCCCCCGGUCUUCCCUUCUUAGCACCCAUUCGAUCAGCCCGACUGUGGGAAAAACUGCCACAUUGUCAUUGGCAGGGGACAGUGGUUGGGGUGGGGAGGGGAAAGCGAGACAGGAAGGGGCUGGUCAGGAAGAGGAAGUGGCUGAAUACAACAACAACAACAACAUUCAAGUGUCUGUGCCCUGGGACUACAGCCUGGCCACCAUUUACACCAACCAAACAAAAGGUGGCCAACACCACUGUGCCAAGGGUCAUCUCCAUGGCAACAGUGGAGACGGUGAUGCUGUGGAGACAGUGAGCUCAGUUUCUGGAGAUAACAUCUCUGAAGAAGACAACUCUGCAUGGAAAUGGACAGGUGAGUCGCAACAACCACCAAACAGAAACGGAAACAAAUCGCAACUAGAAGGGAAGGAUGAGGAUGCAGAGAGGGAGGACAGCGGCAGAAGAAGGACAGAGGAUGAGGAGCUAAAGGGACGGGGAGGUGAUGCAACACAGGGGAGUGGAGGAGAUGCGGCGGUGGAGGUCAGGAUGAUCGACUUUGCCCACGUUUUCCCGAGCGAGAGCCACGAUCAUGGCUACAUCUAUGGCCUCAAACACCUGCUGACGGUGCUGGAGCAGAUCCUCUGUGAUGCUGAUUAGAGCUCUCACUCCUCCCUACCUUCUCUUUACCUCUUGACCUGCUCAGUGAACCACUGUCUCCACCAUGUCAACCCUGAAAAGACAGAAACAUUCAGAGGAUAGAGGGAAGAAUCAAAGAAGUGAAUAUGAAAACAGAAUUAUCAUAUUCAUUGUCAUCUCACCUGUUUGUGAUGGUCCAUCAGUCGUGUGUUUGUGUGUCUGUGAGCAAAGUGCAGGUAGUAGAGGCUGACAGCUGUGUUUUCCCUGUGAUCAGCAGCACUACAUGCACUAAUCAAUCCAUGAAGGCAUUACGACCCUGUACUUAAACACAACAUUGUCAGCUGCAUGGUUUACUGAUGCUCAGACAAGCUCUACAGUGUCAACUGACUUCAUCUUUAGUCCAUUCAAAAUGCAUUCAUAGAAAACAGAGUUUGAUAAACACAAUUUGGCCACUGAAAUUAGCUGGCAGGUUUUUUUCAAAAUUGGAUAUCAGUACACCUCAAAUUAAGGGUGGGUUGGGCGAUAUGAAAAUAUAUAUUGAGAGAUGAUAGGAAUUAGUCAACCACCAGAGAUUUUUCUAUACCACUUAUACAUAGGAGCUGUCCCUUUUUAAUAUCUCUGGUUGAAUUCGGCCAGUGUGGGAAAUGCUGCAACUCAGUGAGCAGCAGUUUUAUGGCAAUAUCCAUUUUACAGUACCUUGAUUUUUCAGUUAUGCAAUUCACUCUAUUAGCCAAAAGCAAACUUUCACAUCUGUUCCUAACAAUUUCUCGAUGUCUAGGAAAUUUACUAUAUAAUAAUAUAUGUAUAUUUUGCAGUAUAAAGUUACUUGUACUGUGAUAGAAGAUUUUAUCCAUAUCACCCACCCCUACCUCGAAUUUAGUUUGACAAAACAAUCCCAACUCAAGGUCCACUCACUAGUUUCACCAAUAGCACUUUUAACAGUUUUGGAUUAGGAUUGGGCCCUCAGGAUUCCACAGGAGUUUUUUGAUGGACGGCCAAUCCUUGAAUUUUGUGAUGGUGCCGCAGGAUCAGGAUUAGGGCCAAUCCACAUGUUUUUGAAAGUUAAAUGCUGAAAAUUGAUUUUUUUAAUUUGAAUGAAUUCAAAGUGAAUCAGUGAGAGAGGGUUUUGUGUGCAUUUUGGUUUAGAUGAGGUGUACUAUUUGACUAUGCAGUCUGCCCGGGAAACUACCUAAACUUAGACACAGCACACUUAAACUUCAUUCUGCAACAGCACUCAAAACAUUUUUCUUUUAUCAACAUUCUGGGCAUCUAGCUAACACUCAUCCACAGAAUUGGGUCAUUUAGGUUUACAGUACACUGUCAAAUUACAUACAAACCUGCGCUGUGAAACAAAAGUCCCUUCGUUGGUCUCCAUUGAAACCAGCAAUUGAACAGCUAAAUUUGGGUUCAGAAUGGCCUCUUGAGGGUUAAACUGACAGAUUGUGUGAGCAUCGGGUAAUAUAAGAAGUCUGGCGAAUGUUGAAGUUUAAGUCAGGUCGUCAUUUUGUGUUUUUGUUUAAAUCACUGUCUACAGGUAUCUAACUCAGGUAAAUGUACUGUAAGAAAAAAUGCUUAAUAUUACUACUAUUAUCAUGUCAGCAAGAUGAUCCUCAUGCUGUCCGGUUGUUUAGUUCUAAUCGAUUGUUUUAUAUAGUCUUACUUAAUGUUUAUCUUAUAUCGUGAUUGACCUUAUCUCAUCUAGGUUGACCUUUGAGUCAUGUUUUUGACUGCUUAACCUUACAUGUUGUAUUACCAUGGCUGUUUUAAAUGUUGUACAUGUUGGGCUGCCAAAUCACCUCUCUGCUUUCUGAAGCCUGUGCUCUUUGCUGUGUUUAUUCUGGUUAUUUGGUGCCCCCCUCUUUCUGCCCUAUCUUUAGGAAUGGGAUUAUAUUGUUGAUGUCAUACCGUGUACUGCCAAUUUUUUUAGAAAACUUUACUUAUUUUAAAAGGUAACAUUGCUCAUGAAUGAGCUGGACUUAAGUGUCAUUGCUCUAGCAUUAACCAUGAGUUAUUCUAUGAUUUUAAGGUAUGCGCAAGAAUAGGAAAAUCAACCAUUUCCCUCCCAAAUUCUGGUGGGUGAUUGUUUGGAGGGGGGGUGGCUUAGUUUGGCUUGGCAUGGUACAGAUGGGCAAAAAUGUAAGACUACUGGUUGCUUGUAAAACAGAAGUCAGCAAGUCCUUUUUCACACUACAGCAACUGGUUAUUCAAGUUAUUUAAGGCUGAUACACAGACUGUUGCUGCGCAUAUUCUGUAUACAUUGGACAAAGCUAAUAUUUUCAUGCCAGAUAUGUCAAAGGUUUAGCGAAACUGUAUUAAGACCAAAGCUUUUCAUUGAAACCAAUGAUAUUCAUUUAGAUGUGAUAGCCUUGAUACAUUAUCUCAUUUUGCCCAAAAAACAAAUUGAGCUUAGUUUGACACAAAAGCAACAUCUCAUGGCCUUCAGAUUAUGUUUCAUCUGCAGUUGAAGGCCUCAAGAUGUUGCUGAAAGCUCUGGAAACUGGAGCUUGUAAUCAUUUUUGUCAAUAACUAUAGGCACAACUAAAUAGAAUUUGAGCUUGAAGGUUCAUCCUAGAAAAUGGAAAUAGCAGUUUAACAUUUUUAUCCUAAAUUUGAUAUGUUGUGGUCACAACCAGGAAUGACUCCUGGAUAGACUAUGAAGUAUGGAAGCCUGUCACCCAGAGAUAGACAAGCCAGGGCAGGUUCACUGUCUAGUUUGUAUUAAUUUGAUUCAUUUCAAGUCAAUUCGCCACUUCUAUAAUUUUACUUAUUUCUGGCAGGGGAGUUUAAAAAGUCCAAAUAUGUUUGGUAAUAAGCAUCACUAAAGCACAAUAGAAACUGAAAGUUAUAGACUGAAGCUUUCAUAGCAGGUUUUACAGAUAGACACCACUUAAGAUGUGAAGUAAAUUUAGAUCCUCACAGUCUGAUCUGCAGUCAGUCAUAUAUAUUAGUCUAACCCUGCUUUCCAGUGUGCUGACAGCAAAUGAAAUGUUCUGUCUUACAGCUUUCUGUCUUUACACACAAACAAAUAAGACAUACAUUUUAUUGAUUUGAUGACUCAGCUCAAGUGCUCAACUGUGUGUUUUUAAGAUCAUUUGCUGUAAAUUGUUUUCACUUUAUCAUCUUUAAAUGCUAACAAGUUAUUUUUGUGCCACUGUCUGGUCUUAAGGUUUCUUUACAGGUUUACUACUCCACACUGCUCUCUACACUAACACUGGAGCUGCUUUAAAAUGUGAGGCAAAAUCUCACUGCUCCAGUACGCUACAAACCCACUUUGAUUUUAACCAAUAAUAUGUAGAGGCCUCUUCAUUUUAUGUAGCUUGUAAUAUAUGAAUAUAAUGAACAAUAUGAAUAUCCUGAUCUUUUAUAAAUUAACUUGAUUAGAUGUAUUAUUUUAAUCUGAACCAAGAGACUGCAAACUAUUAGAAUAAAAUAUUUUCUCUUACAUUUAUUUUCAAUAAACUUGAUCAUUUGUUUGAAAUUAUCAACGUGAAAGUUUAGGAGUCUUUUAAAGGAUGUUUACAGGAGUUAGAGAAUUUAAAAAAAAAAACAUUUUUUUAUCACUUUCUUAUUAUCUGUUGAUGUCUUCAUGUCAUCUCUGUGUUUUGAAUAUUGAUUAUUGAUCAUUCCGGCAGCUCUUUGAAUCUCCUCUCUGUGUUUCUAGCCUGUUGUGUCAUUGCUAACUAACAAAAACCAUAUCUUGCAUUUGUAUACAUGGCAUUGUUGAUGGCAUUGUUUUAAUGAUUGACUGACUCAUAGUGAUGCAACUUUAACUCCCUUCAAUUGGUGUAAAAGAAAAAUUGUUAGAGACAUUUUAUUUCAAUGUAGGUGGGCAGAUUUACUAAUAGCACAUCCACUAUAUUCCUUACAUUAUACUGAAUGUUAAGAAGCACCAGCAUUUUAGUCCAUUGAAAAUUUUCCUUGUACAGGACCACAGAAGGGUUUAUUACACAUCAUUUCUUCUUUACAUUAUAGCCAACCGAAGCAGAGCAUACUGUUUCAGAUUGCUGAAUAUGUUUUUCCAGACUCCUUUCAGGCAGUUAUUGGUUUCCAUUCCACAUUAUGUCUGCCUUUUACUGUGUCCUUUUUAAAUGCGGACUGAUUUUGAAAAGUCUGAAUCACUGAAUCAGUAACAAUAAAAAUAAAAGCAUGUGAGUCUGGAGUGUGCCAUUUGAAUAUUAUAGGCUUUUACAGAAUAUGUAAUAAUUAGACUUAUAUCAACUGGUAAAAUGAUCAAUUAAAAUUACAUUUGCAUUUAAAUUAUGCAAUAUAAAAGUGAAAAAAAGCCUAAACCUUUACAAAAAAGGAUACAUUUAUUAAUUGAUUAUAAUGAAACACUGUAAAGGUCUAAAAUUAUUUCAGUGGCAUGCUCCAGGCUCAUUGUGGUGGAUAAUAAUAAUAAGUAUGUUUCAAGUCUACAGUUGAUUGUCAUACCACAGUGAAGUGGAUAGACACCAAUUGCUGCCUAGAAGGUAGAAGAAGAUAAAAUAGUUAUACAAUGUAUAUGCAAUUUGUAGUAAAUAGGUUAAAACAUGCAUGAAUAUUAAUAUGGUCAUUUAGACCUUAUUGAACUCUACCUGCGGACUGGUGGAAUUGCAGCAACACAGGACGGGACAUCACCCUUCCCAACCCAAAAAUGUGGAUGUGGCAUGUUUGGAAUGAAGAGCAGGUUUUUCUUUUCGGUGAAGAGUAACACAGGCCACCUCCUCUGCCUCAAAAUGUUCCAGUAUAAUGUCUGGAUGAACCUUUAACCAUAUUGUAAACUGAUGUGACACAAUUACAUUUUAGUCACUAGGACUAAAAUAUGAUACCAAGAGUCAUAUUGUAGAACAUUUACUGAACAUACUGCAUCAUGUCAGACUGAUUCAUGAAAAUACAACCUGAGUGUGCAGUAUCAGUCCAGCUCAGUUUUUGGUGCAUCACCUGUUUUUCUGACUUUUCCCCACUGAUGAUUAGGAUGCAAAAUGUCAAAUUGACAAUGUCAGUGAUGAGGUGAGACAGUCAAAGUGAAUCUGUGUUAGGUCUGGCUGUAUGUUGGUCUCUAUAUAUGCUUUUCUCAUUUGUUUACAUUUCAAUUGCUCACCUCAUGACCAGGAAAGAUUAGUUGGAGGCCAGGAUAUGACCAGUACCCAACAGAUUGUUGGGUACUGGGUUUUUUCUUUGGUUUUUAUUUGUCUAUCAUGCACUGCAGACUAAUGAAAUAGCUAAUGUAUGACAUAUGUCCUAUGAAUUUCUUUCUCCUGUGAACAAUAUACCUAACCAGUAGCUCUCCGUUAAAGGACCAUAAAGGUGGUGUGGCUUGUUUUAAGCCAUUAACCACACAUCAUGUGUACUGUACAUUACUGCCAGCCAUUUUCAAAGCAUACUGUACACUGUAAUGGAGACUGUUGUAUUUCCAUACAUGUAUCAUGAGAUCAGACUAGACUUUGUUUGAUUAAUGACAAAAUGAAUACAAUUGGAAAUCAAGCCAUUAGAAACUGUAUAUCCCAAUUAAGUUAGAGUAAAUUAACCAAAGUGAAAAUUCAAAGUUUUGGUAAUGUAAAACUAUAAGUUACUCUAAUUCGGAGGAAGUUAACAGAAGUGAAACCCAAAGACAUUAAGUUAAAUCGUCUUAUCUUACUGAACUUUGUUGCCUUGAAAUAUUGACUUUUCCUUUAGUUUUUCAUUUUAACAGUGUAUGUUUUUAGUUUGAUAUCCUUGAAAAUCAUGUUACAGAGAUUUGAAACCUGCUGCAGACAGGUAAAUACUUAAUCACUUUUACUUUUUGUCAGUUACAUGGAGAAACCUCCAAAUUCAAUGGACAUCAAUCUAAAACUAAAUGAGAUGCUUUGCAAAAUGUACAGCAGUAAUCAGAGUAAAUGGGGUAAAACAUGCAAAACCAGCAGUAUGCAUCCUUAAUGGGGUCCAGGAAGAAAAAAGUGAAGACUAAUGGAAGACUAGUGUCUUCUCAGCCAAUCGGAAUCCUUUGCUUUCAGUUAGGACCAACUGAAACAAUUUGACUUUCAUUUGUGUUUGAGCUUUCAGCUGCGCCAGUUGGGUUUCUAAUGCUGCAUUUAUGUUUAUGAGAAGAAUCAUCUCAACAGUUCAAACAAGCUCACACAAUGAAUAAUAUCUUUCACUACAUUUAUCAAAUGUUUACUAACCUAAGCUGCAUUCACCAGUUCAAAGCUGAGAUGAACUGCGUUCUCAAAAUAUCUAUGCUGUAUCCCUUUUGACACAAAUGCAGCAUUAGGGAAAGAAAAAGAUUUCACGCACACAUUUUGCUAAAAAGCAUUCUCCAAGUGCACACUUAAGUGUCUUCAUGUGAUGCCAAAUGGAAACUUUCAGGUGAGAAUGCACAGUGGGCAGUGGGCAGUGUGAAUGCUUGUGACAUGGUGGUGUGCUGCCAUAAUGAAAACAAAACCUGUUGAAGGAUUCAAAGUGUUCCAGGUCCAGUUCAGCUUCUCUGCCAGUGUUGGAUUUCUGUGAAUCAUCUGCUGAGAGAUUUCCAACUGAAGUCCAACACAUGGAGUUUAGUGAGGAACUGAACCUGGUUUCCCCUAUAAUUGAAACUGAGCUCUUAAACUCCUCAUUGUGGAUUAUGACGAGUGUUUGAAUUUUGAUAUACUGGAUUUAACAUGUCUUAUAAAUGAGCCUGAAGCAGAACAGAAAAUAUCAGUGUACAUAAGAAGAGGAACUCAAAACAGUUGAAGUCCCUCUACACCUACAAACCUGAUAACUCAUUAUUUUUUCAACAAUAAAAAUAUUAAUCAAA